AUGAAGCUGGUUCUCCGGCCGUCUGGCCCUCUAACGUGGGGCCAUACUCCGCAAACAAGGUCACACAUCUUGCGGCAGCGUCGUUCCUUCGCAUCUGUGGCGGGCGACAUCAGACCGUACGAUGUCAUUGUCAUCGGCGGCGGACAUGCAGGCACUGAAGCCAGUGCUGCCGCAGCGCGCUCUGGGGCUCGUACCGCCCUUGUCACUCCCUCGCUCUCCAAUCUAGGCGUCUGUUCCUGCAACCCCUCUUUUGGCGGCAUUGGCAAAGGCACCAUGGUCCGUGAGAUCGACGCGCUGGACGGAGUCGCAGGCCGCAUUAUCGACAAAGCCGGUAUCCAGUUUCGCAUGUUGAACGUCAAGAAAGGACCCGCAGUAUGGGGACCUCGCGCGCAGAUUGACCGAGACCUGUACAAGAAAUACAUGCGCGAAGAGAUGCUAUCAACACCAAAUUUGAGCGUGGUGGAAGGCAAAGUCGCUGAUAUUAUUGUAUCACGGGAUCUGAUCGACUCAAAUGAUACGCUCACACAGGGGCGAAUUACUGGUAUUCGCCUGGAGGAUGGCCAAGUCAUUCCUGCAUCGCGUGUGGUUAUCACAACAGGAACAUUCCUUGGUGGCGAAAUACAUAUUGGACUCGAGGCAUAUCCCUCUGGAAGGAUGGGCGAAGCCGCUACUUUUGGGUUGAGCAAGUCCUUACGGAGUGCAGGCUUCACCUUGGGCCGGCUAAAGACUGGAACCCCGCCGCGGCUGGAUCGAGACAGCAUUGAUUUCCGUGCUCUGCAAGUCCAGCCAGGUGACUCGCCACCCACGCCAUUCUCCUACCUCAAUGAUACCGUCGACAUCGGAGACGAAGGGCAACUGAACUGCUGGACUACCUACACGAACGAAGCCUCACACCAAAUUAUCCGGGACAACCUUGAUAAGUCAAUACACAUCCGAGAGACUGUCCGAGGACCACGCUAUUGUCCCUCGCUCGAGUCCAAAAUCAUCAAGUUUCAGCACAAGGAGAGACACAUGAUAUGGCUGGAGCCCGAAGGUCUGGAGCCCAAUAAAAUCAUCUAUCCCAAUGGUAUCAGCAUGACUGUGCCAGCAGAUGCUCAAUACGCGAUGCUCAAGACCGUCAAAGGUCUGGAGAAUGUCAACAUGCUCCAGCCAGGGUAUGGUGUGGAAUACGACUACAUCGACCCUCGCAACCUGUUUCCGACCCUCGAAACCAAGCUCAUCAAAGGGCUAUUCAUGGCGGGCCAGAUCAACGGCACCACCGGCUACGAAGAAGCCGCAGCACAAGGGAUCAUUGCUGGGAUUAACGCAGGUCUAUCCGCACAGGGCAAAGAACCGUUCACUCUUUCUCGUGCAGAAGCAUUCAUCGGCAUUCUCAUUGACGACCUCAUCACAAAGGGCGUAAGUGAGCCCUACAGGAUGUUCACGGCUCGGAGCGAAUACCGCAUGAGCUGUCGCGCCGAUAACGCAGACCUACGUUUGACCGAGAAAGGGCGCGAGGCAGGCGUGGUGAGCGAUAAGCGGUGGGCUCACUUCUCCAACACACGAGGCCAGAUGGCCGGACUCCAGCGCAGGCUCGAAGAAGUGCGAUAUCCGAGCACGGAAUGGGUCAAAAUGGGAUUCCCGUCACGUAUUGACUCAAACCGGCGGAGUGCAUUUGACAUGCUCAGGGUAACCGGUGUCAAUUUAAACAACCUUGCUGAAAAGGUUCAGACAUUGUGGGGUAUUGGCGACUACGAGCCCAAGAUCAAGGACAGAGUAUCGAUCGAGAGUAUUUACGCACCUUACAUCUCCUUGCAACAGAAGGCGGCAGAGGCAUUCGCGAGGGACGAAUCACUGGCUCUGCCUGCAGACCUGGAUUACGACUCGGUGUUCGGGCUGAGCAUUGGCGAAAGGGAAGUGUUGAAGCUAGUCAGGCCUGCGAGCGUAGGCAUGGCUAGGCGCGUGGAAGGCGUGACGCCGCAUGGAGCCUUGAGGCUGUUGAGAUACGCAAAGAAGAAUAGUCGCAACUUGCCAGUGGAGGGUAUUGCGCUCGAAGACAACGCCGUCCUGGGCCAAGUCGAUCUUUCGGCAUGA